AUGUCCGCCACCGUUGAAUCGUCAAGAAAACCUUCGAUGGCUGAGAGACGUCCAUCGAUGGCCGAGCGCAGACCGUCGGUGCAAACAGGAAGACGGCCGUCUGUGAUCCCACAUCUAGCUGGGAUCGAGGACCCCGUGCUUCCAACAAUCCCGGACCAGUGCGACGUGCUGAUUUGCGGAACAGGGCUCGUCGAGUCUAUUUUGGCUGCGGCGCUCGCUUGGCAGGGGUCCAACGUCCUGCAUGUCGACUCCAACCCUUAUUAUGGCGAUACCUCGUCCACCCUCACGAUCGAGCAGAUCAAGGCCUGGUGUGCAAAUGUCAACCUCAACACUCCGGGCUUCCAGGGCUUCUCCAAAGCGCUCCUCUACAUUCCGCGUCCCGAUCAAUUGAACAGCAGAGACUACAGCAUUGACCUGACUCCACGCAUCAUGUUUGUCAAGUCCGAUCUACUUUCUUUGCUCAUCAAGUCUAGAGUGUACAGAUACCUCGAGUUCCAGUCCAUUAGCAACUUCCAUACUUUCGAGAACGACUCUUUCGGAAAGAUGUCCUCCUCAAAGGAGGAGAUCUUCACAGACCAGUCGUUGUCGCUGGCAACCAAGAGACAACUGAUGAAAUUUAUGAAGUUUGUCUUAGAGUCAGAGAGCGCUCAAAUUGCCAAGGAACUGGAACACUAUAAAUCAAUACCAUUCACUGAAUUCAUCAAGGAAAAAUACAAGUUGACACCUGCGCAGAUUAACGAACUAUGUUAUACACUAGGGUUGUCUCCUACACCUAAUAUUCUCACUAUAGAAGGUAUCUCCAGAAUUAGGAGGUAUCUAACGUCAUUUGACGUUUACGGCACCUUCCCCGUGCUGUACUCCAAGUUCGGAGGACCCGGAGAACUUUCCCAAGGAUUCUGUCGAUCUGCUGCUGUGGCAGGUGCAACUUACAAGCUGGACUCGCAAUUGCAAUCCUAUGACAGCAACGACAAGAUCGCCACGUUCACGGAUGGCAGCAAAGUGAAAGUUACCGAGCGGUUGGUCUGCUCUCCAUCGCAAGCUCCUGCUAAUGCACAGAACGUUCCCGAAAAGAAGUAUGAGGUGACAAGACUGAUCACCAUUGUUAAGAAAUCAUGCAAGGAGUGGUUUUUUUGA